AUGAUAGUCUCAAAGUACUUAAGUACAAUCAAAGACUUUAUUAACUUGGAGUUGGUAUGCAAGAAGUUUGGUGGCAAUAUGGAGAAGUUCCAUUUUAACCCGAUUCAGUUGAAUUCUAAAACACUUCGAUACUUUUCAAACAUCGAGACACUUCACUUAUAUAAGAAAAAUGAUGAGAACUUUGGCAAUGGAUUUAUGAUCAACAGAAGAACAAAUGGAAAUGGUGAAAAUAAAACUGUUUUAAAGAUAGAGUUCUUUCGAAUUAUUGUGUGGUUCAAUGUUGACUUUGAAACUGUUGACAGAAACAAAAGUCGAAACAUCGAGUUUAAAAAUAUCAUAUACACUGAAAAUGAUAGAAAUAAAUUUGGUAAUAAAAUUCCAUCAAGUGUGACGUCAAUUGGUGGUUGUUGUUUUGAUGAAUGUAGUAGUCUAACCAGUAUUACAAUGCCAUCGAGUGUGAGAUCAAUUGGUAAAUAUUGUUUUGAUGGAUGCAGCAGUUUACACGGCAUUACAAUACCAUCUAGUGUCACAUCAAUUGGAAUUCAAUGUUUCCCAUCAAAUACAGAAGUUCAUCGAAAUUAA